CUCGCCUGUGUCUUUGUCGUUUACACGUAUUUUUCUUCAAAACAUAACCUCCUUCCACAGCUCACUGUACUCAUAUAAUACAUAAUCUUCCAACGGCAAGAACAGGUGGCUAGACCAGGUAAAACUCGCCACGCUAGGCAUCGAGUGGGCCGAAAGCCCGAAUCCUACCACGCCAGCGAUUGAGCCCAAUUCGACCUGCAAGGCGCUGCAAAACCUCAAUUGGCGCUCUUAAGAUAGACAGACGAGUCCAUCAACUACCCGUCAUUUGCUGUUUAGCAUUCAGACACCAGUAGUCACUGCGCUGUGAGGGGGCCUUGCCUUGAGUUUGAGCGUUCUUUAUCGGCUUUGCUCAUCUUUGCUGCGACUGACUCGUCAGACUCCAAGAUGAGCGUCAUUGACACAACCAAAGAUUUGGCAGCUCUGUUCGAGCAACAAGCACAGGCUACCCCAGAUGCCAUUGCCUUGGAGGACGAAAAACGGACUCUCACUUAUGCAGAACUCGACAGCCUAACGUGGUCUCUAGCUGACCGUCUUCGACAGUAUGGUGUCGGUCGUGAUGAUCUGGUUGGAGUGCUGAUGGGGCGGAGUGCAGACAAUGUCAUUGCAUCCCUUGCUGCGCUGCGAGCGGGAGGCGCUUUUCUCGUGCUGGAGCUGGCUUAUCCCACCGGCCUCCUUCAGGAUGUCAUUGACGAUGCGAAGCCGACGGUCAUCAUCACACAAAAGGCACAUGCUGCCAAUAUCAAGGCUGAUGUCCCUACCAUUAUUAUUGACCAGCCUGAGCCAUCCACCAAUGGGCAUGCCGCGCCUAUUGUUGUUGAGACGAGAGAGCCUCUACCUGCGAGCGACGACUUGGAUCGCCUGGCGUUUGUGUCCUACUCAUCAGGCACCACUGGCAAGCCAAAGGGCAUUGCAAACCCUCACAGAGCACCUGUUCUCAGCUACGACUUGAGGUUCCGUACGAGUGACCUCGGACCCGGUGAUCGCGUCGCCUGCAACGUCUUUUUCGUUUGGGAAAUGCUGCGUCCCCUCAUCAGAGGAGCCACUACAGUUGCUGUUCCCGACGGUGCAAGCUAUGAUCCUAUCGGGCUGGUUGACUUCCUCGCCUCCAGGCGAAUUACUGAUACCCUCAUGACCCCCACUCUGCUUACCACCGUUCUCUCACGGCAUCCAAGCCUUGGUGAAAAACUCCCGGAGCUGAGGUCGUUGUGGCUGAAUGGCGAAGUUGUCACAACAGAUCUUAUACGACGGGCUUGUAAUGCUCUUCCCAACACCCGACUCCUCAACGUUUACAGCGCCAGUGAAACCCACGAGAUUGCUGUAGGUGACGUCAAAACAUUCGUGGAUUAUGAGUCCCGCGUCUGCCCUGUAGGACCACCUGUGGAUCCUGAGCACAUCUAUAUCUUGGAUGAGGCAGGAAACAGGCUGGACGCAGGUGUAAGUGGCGAGCUUUUCGUCGGUGGUGACCUACUAGCGAGAGAGUACCUCAACCUCCCAGAAACGACAGCCAUGGCUUUCCAAGUUGAUCCUUUUGAGACCAAAGAGGGCGCUCGGAUGUAUCGAACUGGAGAUAUGGCGAGGAUGCUUCCAUCAGGCCUACUCGAAAUUACAGGCCGAGUGGGUGGCAUGAUCAAGACUCGUGGAUAUACCGUCCAACCAGGCGCAGUCGAGACGACUAUUGUGAAGCACUUGGCAGUGCGGGAUUGUGCCGUGGUAGCUCAUGGAGAGGGCCUACAGAAGCAAUUGGUGGCUUAUAUCGUUCCCGACAGCGACAAUAUCCAAGGUCGAACCAUUGUGGUUAUAGACGAGGCUGGCCAUAGUCCAGUUGCUCGGCGAGCUCUGUCUGCUCAUCUGGCACAUUACAUGAUUCCUCCCCUUUGGGUUGAGCUCAAGGAGCUACCAACACACGAGGUUUCUGGCAAGACCGACCUCAAAGCUCUCCCGCCUCCUCCAAGACCAAAGACACCAGUGCAAGCAAAGAAGCCAGAGAAGAACGUGACUAUCAAGAUGGAUACCAUCAUUAAAAUGUGGUCCGCGGCUCUGAAUGUCCCAAUCUCAAUCAUCACGCCAAAGCAUGACUUCUUUGACCUGGGAGGACACUCUCUGAUUCUCGCUGAUCUUGCCAGUCGACUAACCAAGGCGUUUGGCUUUCCUGUGCCACUAGCUCCAUUGGCUGGUAAUCCUACACUGGAUGGACACUUGGAAGCUGUCAAGGCUGCUCGCGAUGGCCAUACCGAGGAAGUGCAGGCAGAACUCCCGACCGUCCUGCGAGCUGAUGCUGUGCUGCCUGAAGACAUCAGCGCUACAAACGCGCAAAUGAAACGCCUCAGCGACGCGGAAACGGUCUUGCUUACAGGAGCCACUGGUUACUUGGGAGCUUUCCUCUUGAAAUACCUCCUGGAGAAUACAUCAGCACAUAUUUUGUGUCUGGUUCGAUUUACUGAUCCUUCAGGAGACUGCCGUCCUGCUGGAAUGGCCCGAAUUCGCAAGAAUCUGAUUGACUUGGGCAUUUGGAGCGACUCGAUGCUGGAGCGUAUGGAGAUUGUACCAGGCAACUUGGCCAGGAGCCGACUGGGCCUAUCUCCAGAGGCUUUCGAGGAACUCGCAUCUCGCGUCCAAGUGAUCAUCCAUUCAGCCGCUACUGUGAACCUUGUCUAUCCCUAUGCUGCCCUAAGAAGCGCAAACGUGAACGGAACGAGGGAGAUUAUUCGUCUUGCCUCGCGUGGCGGAGCAACCCUGCACCAUAUCUCUACCAACGGCGUUCUGCCACCAUCUCUUGAAGGAUGGUCUGAGGAUACCACGAUUGACUUUGACGACGUGCCCACAAAGCUGCAGGAUGGCUAUGGACAGACGAAAUGGGUGGCAGAGAAGCUUGUGGUUGAGGCAAGCAAAAGAGGCAUUCCGGUGAAGAUCUACCGGCCAGGCACCAUCAGCGGCCACAGCGUCACUGGUGCUGCUAAUACCUACGAUCUUCUCAAUGCCCUAGUUGUAGAAUCGCUCCAUCUUGGCCAGGCCCCCGACAUCGCCGACUGGGUCAUGGAAAUGACCCCCGUUGAUUUCGUCAGCAGAGCCAUCAUCACAUUGGCCGAUCACACUCAAGGCCAGCAGUUGGUAUACCAUCUCGGAGACCCUAGCCCGAUCAAGGCAUCAUCAUUGUUUGAUUCUCUAGCCGAGCUGGGAUACGAAACGGGACGCUUAGAGUGGGACGAAUGGGUAGACCUGUGGAAGGAGAAGCGAGAGUCACGAGGAGGCGACGAGCCUUUCACCGUUGAUAUCUUGCGUGGAGGCAUGCCUACCGUCGACUCACUGAAGGGUUCUAUUGUCCUCAAGGACGGUGCCACUCAGCCAACGCUGGACUUGUACGGCCUGAAGCGCGUCAACAUUGACAAUGCCCUGCUUGAAACGUACAUGCGACACUUUUACGCCAGAGGAUGGCUUCCCAGGCCACCUCGUCGACUCACAGUCAACGGAACAGCUGCAGCUAUUGGUGCAAAGAAGGGACGUCUGGCCGGCAAAGUAGCCAUCAUCACAGGUGCUUCUUCUGGUAUCGGCGCUGCGGUCGCUGCUGGCCUCGCCAAGGAGGGGGCGUCUGUGGCUCUUGCAGCACGACGCACCGAUGCCCUCGAGGGCAUCAAGGCCAGGAUUAACAGCAGCAUCAGCGGAAGCAAGGUGCUCAUCCACAAGACAGAUGUGUCAAAGAAAGACCAGGUAGACGCUCUUGUAAAGGAGGCUACGGAGAGGCUCGGCCCCGUCGAUAUCAUUGUCUGCUGCGCAGGCGUCAUGUACUACACCAUGAUGGCAAACGUCAAGAUGGACGAGUGGGAGCGCACCGUCGACGUCAAUUGCAAGGGCGUCUUGAACUGCAUCGCCGCCACCGUCCCCGGCAUGCUCGACCGUAAGAGCGGCCACGUCGUUGCCAUCUCCUCAGACGCAGGCCGCAAAGUGUUCCCCGGACUGGGCGUGUACUCGGCCAGCAAGUUCUUUGUCGAGGCGACACUGCAAAGCCUGCGCGUGGAGAAUGCAGGUUCAGGCCUUCGCGUGACUUCUAUACAGCCGGGCAACACUGCGACGGAUCUGCUCGGCAUGUCGACCGACGCCGAGGCCGUGAAGAAGUAUGGAGAGCCGUCUGGCGCGAAGAUCUUGGAUCCUGAGGACGUGGCGCGGUCUAUUGUGUAUGCUGUGUGCCAGCCAGAGCAUGUUGCGGUGAAUGAGAUUUUGAUUGAGCCUCGGGAUGAGCCCAUUUAGAUAUGAGCUGGGGAUGAACAAACAUAGAAUCAUAUAUACGCAUCUUAUUACUACUCACGUUAUAUCUUUGAAUAGUCUUUUCUAUAGUAUCGUUUUUAAUCAAACUGCUUAAGAAAAAU